AUGCCUAGCUUUACCGUUCUCCUGCUUUUCCAGCUUCUAUGGCUCGGAGCUGUUGCUGGUCAGCGAACAGUAUGUCCCGCAAACUUCAAAGGCGUCAUGAGGAGCGAUGUGUCUCCUUGUAAAGGCUUGGUUAAGAACCCUGAAUCCUGCUGUCAGUCGCUUCGGAAGAUGGAAAUUAUCAUUCUGUCUGCAAGCUACAAUAACGGAUCUGCCGACGUUAUGAAAAUUGUCGGGAGUCCGUCAUACAAUAAUGCUUGUCGUAACAUGUUCCGCACGGUCAUACAGAAGAAAGGGGUAACGGUGGAUGUCUUUGGCCUCUGUAGCGGUUAUUGGCUGUUCCCUCUUGCAGAGAAGAACAUUACUGAAAGCACUUGUCCUCUAACAAGCUACGAAGAUGUCGGUUCGGUUGUUAACUACCGAUCAUUGUCAGCUUCAUGCAAUAACGCGAAGUGCUCCAAUCCUUCGACUCAAGCAUCGACUUCUGCCUGUGGUCAAAGUAUUCUCGAGGCUGCCAUUAUGCUGACAGAAAACGAUUCUCAGAUCAGCGACUGUUACUAUGUCGUCACUAUGAGACUCGCGCAAGCGCACUUUAAGAGCGUCUACAAAUCCGUGUUCUUCUUGUGCGACGCUGUGCCUCCACUCGCGAAUGCAUCCAUCAACUUAACCGCUAUAUAUCCACCGCCUCCGGUGGCCGCACCACCUGUCCAAGGACCAGAUGCAUCAGCUCCAUCGCCUUCAGCAAAGCCUUCGUCUCCUGCACCAGCACCUGCCCCUUCGUCAUCACCUAAUUCAUUGGUAGCACCUUCCGCACCUGCUCCGGCACCUUUGUCUACAGCAAAUUCAUCAUCGCACGCACCAUCUUCCGCACCAAGUCCAGCACCAGCAAGCUCUAUGAGCCCAGCUCCAGCACCAUCUCCAUCACCUACCAACAAGACUAUUGGUGUACCUGGAUCGCUCAACGAACCGCAAGAACCUUCAG